CCCGCUCGAGUUCGCCCUGACGCUCGGCCCUCGCCCUCCGCUCCGGCCCGGCCCGGCCCUCCCGGCGCGGUGUUUGGGCUCGGCGACUCUGUCGCGCCCCGCCCGCUCCGGCUGCGCUCGAGGACCUGUGGGGAGCCUCGCCACCAUGGAUGCGCUGUCAGAAGCAAACGGCACCUUUGCCUUGACCCUUCUGAAAAAGCUGGGUGCAGACAACUCGAAAAAUGUGUUUAUCUCACCCCUAAGCAUCUCCUCUGCCCUGGCCAUGGUCCUCAUGGGGGCCAGGGGCAACACCGCAGCCCAGAUGUGCCAGACGCUUUCUCUAAGCAAGAGCAGUGGCGGAGGUGAAGAUGUCCACCCGGGUUUCCAGAAGCUUCUCAGUGAAGUUAAUAGGACCGGCACACAGUACUUGCUCAGAACCGCCAACAGGCUUUUUGGACAGAAGCCUUACGAUUUCCUCUUGUCUUUCAAAGAUGCCUGCCACGUGUUCUACCAAGCAGAGAUGGAAGAGCUGGACUUUGUCAGCGCUACGGAGGAGUCCAGGAAGCACAUAAACACCUGGGUAGCUGAAAAGACAGAAGGUAAAAUUAGAGAUUUGCUGUCUGCAAAUUCAGUUAACCCCGCGACACGUCUGGUUCUCGUGAAUGCCAUCUACUUCAAAGGAAACUGGGAAAAACAGUUUCCCAAAGAAAACACCAGGGAAAGGCCAUUCAGAGUCAGCAAGAACGUGGAGAAACCUGUGCAAAUGAUGUUCAAGAAGUCCACCUUUAAAAUGACCUACAUUGAAGAAAUAAGCACCCAGAUUCUGGUGCUUCCCUACGUCGGCCAAGAGCUGAACAUGGUCAUCCUGCUGCCCAGUGAAAGCACGGACGUGUACACGGUGGAGAAGGCCCUGACCUACGAGAAAUUCGUCGCGUGGACAAAGCCCGAUGCGAUGGACGAGGAGGAGGUGGAGGUGUUUCUUCCCCGGUUCACGCUGGAGGAGAGUUAUGACAUGGAGUGUGUCCUCCGAGAUCUGGGCAUGACGGACGCCUUCGAGGAGGCCCGAGCCGACUUCAGUGGGAUGUCAUCCCAGCGAGACCUGUACCUGUCCAAGGUCGUGCACAAGUCCUUCGUGGAGGUCACCGAGGAGGGCACGGAGGCCGCAGGCUCCACAAUGGCCGGCUUCAUGCUGAAAUGCCUGAGGAUCCUGCCCCGGUUCUGUGCCAACCGCCCCUUCCUCUUCUUCAUCCAGCACAGCAAGACUGGGGCCAUCCUGUUCUGCGGCCGCUUCUGCUCACCGUGACGAGGUGGUGGGGAUCCCCGGUGCCCCUCACCGUUCUCCCCGAUCUCUGCGAAGAGCUGAGACCAUGUGACCUUGGUGAGGGUCCACAAAAAAAGGGCUGAUCCAGACCGCCUGUGAGAGCUGACUCAUUGGAAAAGACCCUGAUGCUGGGAAAGACUGAAGGCAGGAGGGGGAGGGGACGGCAGAGGAUGAGAUGCUUGUAUGCCAUCACCAACUCAAUGGACAUGAGUUUGAGUAACUCCGGGAGUUGGUGAUGGACUGGGAGGCCUGGCGUGCUAUAGGCGAUGGAAUCGCAAAGAGUCGGACAUGAAUGAGUGACUACACUGCACGAAGCUUUCUGCAGCCGCCCGUGUUCCCUGCUGAGAUGUGGGGCCCACAACCAACCGAUGCUGAGGUUCGGGUAGAGAGCGGUGCGGGGUCCACUGGCCUCCCUGUGGCGUCAUCAGGAGCUGGGCUCCCUCUAACCUGGUGGUGUGACCCACAUUCUCAGCCUGUCUCUAGUCCACUGUCUCUGCUGUACCCAAGUCAGCACCUGAGCCAUGAGGAGAGACAGGCUGCAGAGACGCUGCCCUUGGGAGCAGGCAGCAGGUCCAGUGGCGUCAGCGCCCACCUCCCCCUAGCCUGUGCCCACUGUCGCCUGAAGUGAGCUGUCUGUCCAGCCAGGGUCAGAGGCGUUUGUCCUUCGUCCCCAUCAGGCCAUCAGCAGGGACCUGUGAGGAUGGACGCCGUGGUCCCGGGUGUUACAGACCCUGUCACGGAGCUCGGCCUCUGCCCGGCUCUCUCUUAGCUGGACCUACUGCGCUACAUGUCAUGGGCAGUUUCCUCAAAACUGGAUUUUUCAAUUUGAUCUUAUUAAAAUUUUUCAAUAGAAUUGC